GAGGGAUGGAGCAGACCCCGGCAGGGAUGCGGUAGCUCCCGGGAUAUCCCGACCCGCGGUGAAGCUGCCAUCCCCAGAUCGCUCUGCAAUGGCCUCAGGGAAUGAGGGGAAUGAGGGGAAUGAGGGACGCCGGGGGAGCCACGGCCUCAGCUCAGAAGGCCACGUGGCAAAGGAGGCUGAGGAGGUGUUCCGCAGCUACGCCUUCUACCGCUACCAGCAGGAGCGCCAGGAGCGCGGCGCGGAGCUGCCGCCCGACCCCGAGAUCGAGCAGAUCCAGCAGAACCUGGCGAGCACGGGCAGCCAGGUGGGGCGGCGCCUGGCCAUCAUCGGGGACGACAUCUACGAGCGCUACGACGCCGAGUUCCGCACCAUGCUGGAGAGCCUGCAGCCCACCCGCGACAACGCCUACAAGCACUUCACCAAAAUUGCCUCCAGCCUGUUUGAGAGCGGCAUCAACUGGGGCCGCGUGAUCGCCCUGAUGGCCUUCGGGUACCGCCUGGCCAUGCACGUGUGGCAGCGCGGGGUCAGCGGGUUCGUGUGCCGCAUCGCGGGCUACGUCGGGGAGUUCAUGCUGCAGCACCGCAUCGCCCGCUGGAUCGUGCAGCAGGGAGGAUGGGAGGCCGUGCAGAACCUGGACAAUGUUUAUGUGAAGUACCUGCUGCUGGCAGCCGUGGUGGUGGUGCUGGGGCACCUGGUGCUGCGGCGCUUCUUCACCCCCUGAGGGGGGCACCCAGCACCCCCUGCUCUGCCCCACACCCAGGAACCCCCAGGAGAGAGCAUGGCUGGGGGCUGGGAGCCUCCUGCUGCAGGGCCUGGGGGCUCUGCACCCCCAGGAGAGGACUGGGGACGGGGGGGGCUCUGCUUUGUUGGGUUUGACGCCUCAAAAAGGUGCUGAGAUGGGGCAUCUCUGGGAGGUGACAUCUCUGGGAUGGAGUGUCUCUGGGAGGGGACAUCUUUGAGAUGGGGCAUGUCUGGGAGGUGACAUCUCUAGGAGGGGGUGUCUCUGGGAGAGGACAUCUCUGGGAGAGGUUGUCUCUGGGAUGGUGACAUCCUUGGGAUAGGGCAUCUUUGGGAUGGGACAUCUCUGGGACGAGGCAUCUCUGGGAUAGGGCAGCUUUGGGAUGGGACAUCUUUGGGAUAGGGUGUCUCUGGGAUGGGACAUUUCUGGGA